AUGCAGCCGAAACCGACAGUGACGUCAUCGUCGUCAUCAUCAUCAUCAUCAUCAUCAGCCUCAGCUCAUCGCGCAACCUCGGAUACUGGUGCUUCGUAUCCAGUCGCCGCUGUCCCAUCUUACAUAGCACCGCCACCCGAGCCUGUGCCAGCCCCCUUGCCUGAGCUGGAUGAUGACAUGGCGGAAUGCUUUUCCGCAGUAUUGGAGAAAUUCAAACCACCACCUCAAGAGGAUGCACCGCAUCCAAAGGGCGAAAUAUUGUAUUCCGAUGACGAUAUGUAUUCUGAUGACGAGCAAGCGCGUUUGCCGAAAAGCACUAUGUCCCGCAAAAAACUGCGUGAGCUUCAGCGUAUGUCUGUUCCUGAGCUCAAACAGCUUGUGCAACAUCCGGAAGUGGUUGAGUGGGCUGACGUGGCAUCUCCAGACCCGCGUCUUCUUAUCCAUCUCAAGAGUUAUCGAAAUACGGUCCCUGUUCCUUCGCAUUGGGGUCACAGGCGUGAAUACCUUUCGCACCGGCGCGGCAUGGAAAAGCCUCCGUAUGAGCUCCCAUCCUACAUUGCUGAGACAGGCAUAGCAACGCUGCGCAAUUCUGUCACCUCUGCCGAGUCAGAAAAGACGCUCAAGGCCAAAACACGCGAGCGUGUCCAGCCUAAGCUCGGUCGCAUGGACAUUGACUACCAGCGACUGCAUGAUGCUUUCUUCCGAUUUCAGACCAAGCCCCCCCUGACUCAGUACGGCGAGACCUAUUUCGAAGGGAAAGAUGGCGGUUCACGCGCGCGGCAUCGCAGGCCUGGCGACUUGUCCGCAGAACUGCGAGAAGCCCUCUCAAUCCCACCACUUGCUCCGCUACCAUGGCUUAUUGCCAUGCAGCGCCAUGGUCCACCGCCUAGUUAUCCGCAUAUGCGUAUUCCUGGCCUUAAUGCGCCUAUUCCCGAAGGUGCACAAUGGGGCUUCCAUCCCGGUGGCUGGGGUCGCCCUCCCAUUGAUGAGAGUGGCAAGCCCAUCUAUGGCGAUGUAUUCGGCGAGAACCAGACAGGACAGGAAGUUGUGUUCAGCGAAGAUCCGCCUCAACGUGAGCACUGGGGCGAGCUCGCUGCAGACGAAGACGAAAUGGAAGAAGAUGAGUCUGAAGAUGAGGAAGAUGAAGAGGAAGAAGCUCAUGACGGAGCUGGUGAGAUGGAAGAAGACGAAGAUGCUCCGUCUAUGGUUGAUUCGGAAGAAAAGGUACCUGUUUCUGGUCUUGAAACACCUUCAGGUAUCCAGUCUGUAUUAGCUGGUCUCGAAACACCUGCGCAUAUCGAGCUUCGAAAACCUGUACUCUCUUCAGCGCCAACAUCGGCUUCAACCUCAUUGCCCACGAACGGCCCACCUAACGGACCCCCUACUGGGCCGCCCAGCGGGCCACCACCGUCUUUAUACCAUGUACUACCCGAGCGUGAGGCUGGAUCUCAAGGGCGCGGAUUCAUGGGCAGUGAACACGUGUACGACAUAAAGGCGGCGCGUGGCUAUAAUGCAGAUAAUAGCUCUACAUAG